CCUGUGCGGGGACCAAGAGGCCGGUCUAGAGUAGCCGCCCAGCAUCGGGAUCCGACAUCCUUUUCCCUUUCCUCAGGAAGACUUGGAUGCGCGCCAGCCCAGCCCGGGUCUCCAGGUUCAGCUGCGGAAGCUUCCCACAUGGUGCCCGUCGCUUGGGAUGCGGCUGUCCUUGUGCCUUCUCUGCAGGUGUCCCGGCAGGUAGAGGAGGAGACCGGUGGCUGGUGUUCCUGCAGGGCGGGGCUGGGGCUCCUCGAUGUCCUUGCGCUCGCCCUGCAAGUUCUGCGCCCCAGGCCCCGGCAGGGACGGAAACAGGCCGGGAAGCAGUGACACCUGGGGCAGUCAGUCAUCCAGGAGCCGCUGCCACCCGCCCCACCCCCAGUCUCCGCGGGAGGUGUUUGUCUUCGCCUAUGCUCCCGGCUCUUUCUCUUUCACUUUUCUUUUCGCCGGGGGUUGGGACUCCGGGUGGCAGGCGCCCGGGGGAAUCCCAGCUGACUCGCUCACUGCCUUCGAAGUCCGGCGCCCCCCGGGAGGGAACUGGGUGGCCGCACCCUCCCGGCUGCGGUGGCUGUCGCCCCCCACCCUGCAGCCAGGACUCGAUGGAGAAUCCAUUCCAAUAUAUGGCCAUGUGGCUCUUUGGAGCAAUGUUCCAUCAUGUUCCAUGCUGCUGACGUCACAUGGAGCACAGAAAUCAAUGUUAGCAGAUAGCCAGCCCAUACAAGAUCGUAAUGGGAAUGUCUCUUCUAUACCUUUGCGCAUUGUAUUUUGGAAGCAGAUAGCUUAUUUUGAUUUCACAGGCUCGUGGUUGCAGAACAUUUGCCUUCAGGAUGAAGUCUCACCCAUAUUUGAUUUAGAUAAGUAUUACCUAGAUAACUUGAUUAACUAAAUUUAGAUAAGUAUUAACUAACAGUAUUAACUUUUGAGUUAAUACUGGAGUGACUUUUGAGCCUACUAGGAUGGAAUGAAUAUAUUUUGCAUUGUAUGAAGGAUGUGAAUUUGGCAGAGAGGGGAGGGUAGGGGCAGAAUGCUGUGGUUUGAAUGCCUCCACCAAAACUCAUGUUGACAUUUAAUUGUGACUGUGACAGUUUUAAGAAGUGGGAUCUUUAACAGGUAAUUAGGUAUCUCUUUAGGCACUUUCAUUAGACAGGGCCCUCAUGAAUGGAUUAAUGCAGUUACGGAGGGAGUGAGUUUGUUAUUGCAUGAGUGGGCUGCUUAUUAAAGGGUGAUUUUGGCUCAGUUUCCUCUCUGUCUCAUGUGCUUGCUUUCACCUUAUACCCUUCUGCCACAGGAUGACCCUUAGCAGAUGUCAGUGCCAUGCACAUGUACUUCCCAGCCUCCAGAACUGUGAGCCAAAUGAGCUUGUGUCCCUUGUAAAUUAAGUUCGUGGUGUUCUCUUAUAGCAGCAGAAAAUGGAUUCAGGCAGCAAGCAGAGCUAUAAAAUACUUCUUUUUUUUUUUUUUUUUUUUUUUGAGAUGAAGUUUCACUUUUGUUGCCCAGGCUGUAGUGCAAAGGCAUGAUCUCGGCUCACCACAACCUCCGCCUCCCAGGUUCAAGCAAUUGUCUGGCCUCAGCCUCCCGAGUAGCUGGGAUUACAGGCAUGCACUAUCACACCCGGCUGAUUUUGUAUUUUUUUGUAAAGACGGGGUUUCACCAUGUUGGUCAGGCUGAUCUCAAACUCCCGACAUCAGGUGAUCCUCCUGCCUCGGCCUCCCAAACUGCUGGGAUUACAGGCACGAGCCACCACGCCUGGCCAAUACUUCUUUUCAUCUACACUGGCUUCCAUUAUCAUGAUUUUGUUAGAUACUUUUGAGGACAUUUUCUGUUGCAUUCCUCCAUGUUUGGCAACCACACUCUAUGGUGGAGUAUUCUGGCUAAGCACUUAGUCUUCUUUUACUUAUACCAGCAGGAUGUAGUUGAGCAGGGUAGUGAAAAUCCAUUGUGACAUUGUAAAGCCUCACUGCUAUAACAGGCCAGGAAUGAAAUUUUCAUUGUUUACAAAAGUAGCUUUGUAAGGCCUAAUUAAGAAUUAUAUCACCCAUGGCAUUGCUCAAUCCCAAGUCAAUAUUUUUUUUUUGAAAAAUGUGGAUUCAAGGAUACCACAACUAAAAGGGAUGUAGGGAAUUUAAGAGGCUUUGGAUGAAAUGAUGAAGAUUACGGUAAAGUUUUAUAAAAAAUUUGAAGCACUGAGAUAAUAUAGACAAAGGGAAUAAUUGUAAAAUGAGAGUGAUAAGGAAGGUUUGCUUUAAAUAAACCAAUCAAUGAGUGAUUUAGAUCAUAUGUAACAGGAAUAUUAGAUUUGAUAUGUUCUUGUGGAGAAAAAGGUAUUUCUAUUGGAUACACCUUUAUAUCUUGCUUAAUACCUAAAUAAGUGUUAGCUUUUUCUUUCUAUGAGUUAUAGACAAUACAUUUUAAAGCAGCCAUUUUUUAUAUUUCAGAAACAUCUGAAAAGUAUAAUAAUUUAAUUUUUUGUGUUUAUGGAACUUAAUUCAGUGAAUAUGUCAUGGGUUGUGGCAGAUUUUGGUUUUUUGUGGAAGAGGUCAUGUAUAUACUAUUUUGAAGGGCAGAAAAUAGUUGUUUGUAUUUUUGUAUAUUUUGGUUAUAAACUGCUUUUAAUGGCAUGGAGUUGAAUUUAGGGAUGUUUAAUCUUCAUAUUCUUCACUUGAUUUGAGUGAGAAAAAAUAAAAUUUUCUUGGUUAUAAAAUUCUCAAAUGAUUAACAAUGGUUUCUUUAAAAGACUGAAGAUAUAUAUUCAGUGGCUGUAGAAAUGGCUACUGCUAUUGUAAACUGGAUUAACAAUCAGUACUUCUACAAAUCUAAGUAUUUGUUUGUUUUUACUUUUUACUAGUAUGACUCUGGAAUUUUUCAAUUCAGGGACAUAAUAGAAUAGAAAAGUUUUGCAAAGGCAUUGUAAUCAGACAGAACUGGCCUCAAAUCCUGGCUGUCAUGUACUUGCUAUGGGCCUAGAGUAGCUUACCUAAAUGCUACUAACCUUCCUCCAUACCAUUAUUGUAAAGAUUAAAGGUGAUGCAUCUGUUAAGUAACUAAUAGAGUGCUUAUUAAAAGGUAGGUGUUCAAUAAGUAUUAAUUCCCUCCCUUUCUUUUUCUUACUAGUCCACUUGUGUUUUUAAUGGAUCAUACUUU